UUCGUUGCCCCGUUCCUUUCUCUAUCGCCGCUCCCCUCUCGGUCUCCCUGUCCUGGUGGCGACGAUUGGGCGAGCGGCGGCGCGGUUCGCCACGUCUUCCUUGGCGGGUUCUUUGCCGGCGACAAGUGCCCACCAGGGAUGCAAAAACCUUUGGUUUGGUACUCAAUGAUAUUUCGGUGUGGGAUUAGAGAAUAGAUGAAAUGUUCAUAUCACAUAUUAAACUCUACUGUCUGACUGUCGGUCGCUGCCCUACUUACCAUACAUACCGAUACCAUCCUCACCCCUCACUCCUCAGUGACAAACAUCUUCAUAUUGUGUCCAUGACAUUGAAGAAUGAAGUAUCUGUCCCAUUUGUUUGGCUUAACCUGCUCCUAGUAUCUUUUCUUGUUAAGGAUUUUUGUUAAGAAUGGGAGAGAAUAAAUGGAUGGGCAAAAGAUGGGAGGACAUGGACACUGAUGUCCUUGUGAAGAUAUUCAAGGAAUUAAAUUUGGUUGAGCUGUCACCAGUAUCUCAAGUUUGUCGAUUGUGGCGUUUGGCCUGUUCAGAUCCACUUAUUUGGGGCACUCUUGACUUUGGAUUGCUAAAAUCUAAUUUUAUUCAGACAAGAGCGUCACCGUAUAUCUGGGUUGAUGAUAGGUCUGACAAGAGACUUGCAAGGAUACUACGGGUGGCUAUGGCAAUUAGCUGUGGGAAUGUCAAUUGCAUGAUAUUCCAUUACAAUUUGUACAUGAAAGAUGAGCACCUUCAUUUCAUUUCCGAGAGAUCUCCUCACCUAAAACGAUUGGUUAUGCCAGCAUGGAACCGCAUAACCAGAGUGGGAAUAUGCCAAGCUAUCCAAAGGUGGCAAGAGCUGGAGUCCUUGACAAUGCCUACCAUCGGACAUCCUCCGUAUAUUAUGGAAGAGAUAGGCAGAAGCUGCAAGAAUUUCACAGAACUUAAGGUCAUGGGCUCAUUUGAUCACCAAUUUGCCUAUGCGAUUUUGCAGUUCCUUCCAAAGCUGAAAGUAUUGAGCCUUCGUUGCUCAAAAGUGACCAUGGAUGCACUGCAGUAUCUACUGCACUCGAUGGAAUAUCUUGAGGUUCUGAAUAUUUCCCACUCCCUGCUGUUGGUCAUCGCGUCAAAUGGGCGGAAGCAAGUGGUUCAUGAGCUGGAUGGCCAAAUUCUCGAGAGAGCUUCACGGCUGCGUGAAUUCCACUACUGCCAGAGCAGGACGUGCCUUGCAUGCCAGCGGAUGGUGGUGGAUGAAGGCAUCAUGCGCUGGUACAGGUACGAGGAUUGGUUUUGGCGUCGAGAUGAGGUCAGGUCCCUUGACCUGAAAGAUUAUGGGAAGCUAUUUGAUGCUGGUUGCGAGAGGUUGACGUCUGUAGAUUAGAUGGUUAUUAAAGCAGGUAUAAAACCCGCCUCCUCACUGUAGAGACUCGUUGACCUGGCUUUCGUAAAACAGAACAUAGCAACCACCGAGUUGUAACCAUAGAUAAAUAAUAUUGGACAAUGAUGUCGGUGAAUGGUGUGUGUGUGGGGUGUGUAGGUAGUGCUGUAAAUCCAAGAAUAGCUGGUCAUAUUUGAAUGGGUUGUGCUAGUCUCUAUGGUGACUGCAACAAUGGAGUGGACCAUGUGCUUUCAAGUUUCUAA